AUGGUUUACGUGCCUUUCUUCGUUCUCCUCUCUUUCUCUCUGUUCAUUGCGGCUGCAGCUGCAGAUCUCUACAAAAUCCUAGACAUCCACAAAUCUUCCUCUGAAAAGGACAUUCGAGCAGCUUACAAACGACUGAGCAAGAAAUUCCAUCCCGACAAAAACAAGGAACCUGACGCCGAAAGUAGAUUUGUAGAAAUCGCGCGCGCAUAUGAGGUCCUGUCUGAUACUACGAAACGACAAAUAUACGAUAGACAUGGCGAGGAAGGGUUGAAAGCUCACGAAGGAGGCCAACACCAGCAAAAUCCAUUCGACGUGUUCCAAAGCUUCUUUGGUGGGCAUCAACAACAACAAGCCCGUCGAGGCCCGUCUUCCCUGACGGAGUUCGAGGUUCAGCUUGAAGAUAUAUACAAAGGCGCGAGCAUAGACUUUAUGAUCAAAAAGCGUAUUCUCUGCGACCAUUGUAGAGGUUCGGGCGCUGCGUCCGACAGCGAUAUCCACACGUGCUCUUCGUGCGGUGGCAAUGGCGUCAAGAUCGUCAAACAACAGAUAUUCCCUGGUAUGUUCGCACAAAGUCAAGUAACAUGUAACGAUUGUGGCGGUCGUGGAACCGUCAUCAAGAGGAAAUGUCCUCACUGCAACGGCAGUAAAGUUGUCGACCAUACGGCGCAUUAUACAUUAGACAUCACUCCCGGUAUGCCAGAAGGGCAUGAAGUUGUGUUUGAAGGCGAGGCGGAUGAGAGCCCUGAUUGGGAAGCUGGAAAUGUUGUUCUGCGCGUGAGAAGCAAGAAGGACAAAGGCGGAUGGCGCAGAAAGGAGAGCAGUCUCUAUUGGAAGGAGACAAUUGGCAUUCAUGAGGCCUUGUUAGGAUUUGAGCGAAACCUUACCCUCCUUGAUGGACAGACUUUACCACUCGUGAGAAAGGGCGUGACUCAACCAGGUUUUGUGCAGACGAUUAAAGGAAAAGGGAUGCCAAAUUUUGGGCAGUCCUCGACGGGAGAUCUUUUCGUGGAGUACAACGUUAUAUUACCAGUGGAGAUAUCAUCACAUACCCGGCAAAAACUUGCAGAGGCUUUCCAGGUCUCACCAUCCACUCAUGAUGAGCUAUGAUGCGCUCUAGAGUAGCUUUAUAUUUAUGUAAGGCAACACAAUCAUUAUUUUGUUGCUAGAUUCUAGGAACACUGUCCAACCACUUAGGAAGGAAUGUUCGUCACUCUUGAUAUCUUC